AUAAAAGGACGGGGGGAGAGGGGUGAGAGAGAGUUGCGGGCGAGCACUUCUCUUGAGCAAACACUGUUGGAUCGGAGCGCCAUCAUCGUACAAGCAAAGGAGCCGAGGACUGAGACAAAGAUUAGAGCCAUGUCGCGGUUGCUCGGCGUCGCGGGGGCUCGGUCGCGCAGGGCAGCGGAGGAAGAAAGCAGGGAGCCGCCCCCGCCCCCGCCCCCGCCCCCCUCUCACCAUUCCAAUCAUCAGUUUGCAAGCAUGAAGAACAAGUUCUUCAACGAGCUCACGCACUUGCCGAAUCAUAAACUCAACAUGCCCAUGUGGGCAGUGGGGGCCAUUGUGGUGGUCGUCCUGACGCUCGUCGCCUGUAUGGGAUUCUGCAUCUACAAGAAAUGCUUCAACAAGGCCAAGAAGCCCAAGAAGGUCAGAGAAAGGAAGGCCGGGCGAGGACGCAAGAAGAAGGAAACGGAAGGGGAGGAGGGAGACGAAAAGAAGGAAGGCGAGGAUGGCAAAGAGGAGGAGGAGAAAGAAAACUUUGGCAAACUCGAGUACACUUUGGAUUAUAACUUCACCGAUAACCAGCUGAUAGUAGGCAUCCUGCAGGCUCAGGACCUGGCAGCCAUGGACAUGGGCGGGACUUCGGACCCCUACGUUAAAGUCUACAUGCUGCCGGACAAGAAGAAAAAAUUUGAGACCAAAGUCCAGCGCAAGAACCUCUGUCCUGUUUUCAAUGAGACUUUCAUCUUCAAGAUACCCUACACAGAGUUGGGCGGUCAGACGCUGGUGCUCCAGGUGUUCGAUUUUGACCGCUUUGGCAAACACGACGUCAUCGGCGAGAUCAAGAUUCCCAUGAACACCGUGGACCUGGGCCAGCCCAUCCACGAAUGGAGGGAUCUGAUUGGAGGAGAGAAAGAGGAGCAAGAGAAGCUUGGCGACAUCUGCAUUUCCCUCCGCUACGUCCCGACUGCAGGCAAGCUAACCGUCAACAUCAUGGAAGCCAAGAACCUGAAAAAGAUGGACGUUGGAGGACUGUCUGAUCCGUUUGUGAAAGUGGUUCUUCAGCACAAUGGCAAGCGUCUGAAGAAGAAAAAGACAUCGGUGAAACAAAACACCCUGAAUCCAUACUUCAAUGAGAGCUUCAGCUUUGAGAUCCCCUUCUCCCAGAUCCAGAAAGUGCAGGUGAUCAUCACGGUGUACGACUACGACAAACUGGGAAGCAACGACCCCAUCGGCAAGUGCUGGAUCGGCUACGGCGCUUCUGGCGUGGGGCUGCGCCACUGGUCCGACAUGUUGGCCAAUCCCCGUCGUCCGGUGGCUCAGUGGCACGUCUUGCAGCCCGAGGAGGAGGUCGACGCCGCUCUCAAGGCUCCCAUCCGCUAAACAAAAACUGCACACGGACACUCGAGGGCGCUAUUUUCGUGUGAUUGUGUAUGUACGUGUCAUGUGGUAUGCAAAUAAAGGGAAUAUUUCAGACAA